GAAACAGGGGAUAAUACCGAGGAGCCGCCCGGGUUGCAGUCCCGCCCCGGAGCCGGCAGGGAGCGGAGCUGCGGAGCCGCCUGGCCUCCCGCGUCCAUCGGUCCAUUCCUGUGUCCUUCUGUCCAUCCGAACGCGCGCUGCAGGAGCAGCCACGAGUAGUGAGCACUGGACACAGGAUCCUUGGGUGCUACAAGCAUCCUGUAGCACCCAAGCUCCCCUGGACAUGACCCUUGGUGGACCAAGGUGGCAUGGCAGCGAACACAGACGUCGCCGGGCUGGAGGAGAGCUUCCGCAAGUUUGCCGUCCACGGCGAUCCCAAGGCCAGCGGGCAAGAGAUGAACGGCAAGAACUGGGCCAAGCUGUGCAAGGACUGCAAGGUGGCUGACGGGAAGGCCGUGACAGGGACCGACGUGGACAUCGUCUUCUCCAAAGUCAAGGGGAAAUCUGCUCGGGUCAUCAACUAUGAGGAGUUUAAGAAGGCCCUGGAAGAGCUGGCGGCCAAGCGAUUCAAGGGGAAGAGCAAGGAGGAGGCCUUUGAUGCCAUCUGCCAGCUGGUGGCCGGCAAGGAGCCAGCCAACGUGGGCGUCACUAAAGCAAGAACGGGGGGUGCUGUGGACCGGCUGACUGACACCAGCAAGUACACCGGCUCCCACAAGGAGCGCUUCGAUGAGAGUGGCAAGGGCAAGGGCAUCGCCGGACGACAAGACAUCCUGGAUGACAGUGGCUACGUGAGUGCCUACAAGAAUGCAGGCACCUAUGAUGCCAAGGUGAAGAAGUGAGGCUUGGGAAGGCCCCCCGAGUGUGGCUGCCCGAGCGUGGCUGCCCGGAGGCUCAGGCCUGGGCCUAAGGGGCACGUGGAGCCAGAGAGCCCAAACCCCUCCCUGCUGGACCUGCCACUCAGAGCUUCCUGCCUAGCCCUGCGGGGCCAGCCCACCAGGCCUCUGACCCAGACUGCUCUGCGUCCCCUUCCUCCUCUUCUUCCUGCCCCAACUUCUGUACCUCUGGGGAUAGCCUGUGCCUGUCCCUGCAGCCUCACCACUCCAACCCAGCCCUGGGCAUGGCUAACCCCUGCCUGCUUGCCUCAUAUUUAAGCUGCUGCUCUGGCCAAGUGCCUAAUUCUAACCCAGACCUCAAUAAAGACACCUUUUGUACCAGU